AUGAAAUUGAAGAAGCAUCUUUUUGUGCCCGUGUUAUGUAGAAGAUAUUACAUGAGCAAUGGUGAAAUAAGUAAAUUUAAAGAUAAAAAAAAUAAAAGUGAGGAUGUGAAAGAAGGACUGAAACCACCAAAUAAAGAGGCGAACAGCUUCGGGAGGAAAUACCGCAGUGGUGACUUAGCAACACCAUAUGAAAUAUACAAAUGGUCGAAUAUUUUAAACACGAUAAAUGAAAAGUUAAUAGAUGAUGUAAUAAAACAGGAAGAAAAAAAAAAGAAGAAAAAAAAAACAAUAACGAAGAUAUAUAAUAGAAAUAGGAUUACUAGUUCCAGUAGGAAUGAUCAUUCCAGUAGUUACUGUAGCGAUAGAAACUUAAUCUGCCCCUUGGACUUACACAGAAUCGUACAGCGAUACUACAUUAUGAUAAAUGAUAAGGAAAAUGAUAUAUAUGUUGAAAAUGAAAUAAAUAAUCAUUUUUCUAAUUUGAUAAAUACUUUGGAAUAUCAUUUUGAUGUUAACAAAGUGGCAAUGGAGUUUCUGAAAAGUAUAAAAAAAAACGAGUCACACAUAUUUUACUAUCUCUACAAUAAUUUUAAAUUUCUUCAUAUAUUCCCAUAUAAAUAUUUUUGGACGUAUGAAUAUGCUGAAAAUAAUUUCUGUGAUGAUGAUAUGCAAAAUAAGGAAGAAUAUGAUAAUGAAUAUUUAUUUAAAAAUAUAGACUUAAAUAAACUUGAUUUAUUGUUGAGAGAUGAAGAAGAUAUUUUAAGUGCCCCACAGGAGAAAACAAGGAAUGAAUGUAAAAACAAAUAUAAUGAUGUUCAAAGAAACUGCUUGAAUGUUCAGGAAAUGGAACAUAAUCACAAAUUGAAAUUUAUAAAUCGGAAAAAAAGUGAGUUAUGUAAGAAGGAAAACUAUGACCAUGUGGAUGAAACACUCAUAAGCCAUGUAAAAUUAAAGGGUGAAAAUAAUUUUAUCACAUUUGAUAAAAUUGAAAAGGACAAUUCAAUCAAACAUAAUACAAUUACCAAGGAUAGGGGAAGACACAGCAAUUAUGAAUUUUUGACAACCCCAUUUCAAAGUAAAAACAAAAAUAAUACUCCCAUUAUUAAUUCAAAACGGUUUUUAUGUAACAUUGGCUCUUCCAGUGAUGCAAUUGCUGUACAGGAAAUGAAAUUAAAAAAUGUCAACUGUAUUGAUAAACCUUAUGGCAUUAGCAAUAUGAGCAAUUGUGAGAAUAAUAAAAUGAACAAUGUUGAUAGUUUCACCAAAAGUGAGAAUUUAAUGGGAAGUAAUGAUAAUACGAAUAAAUGCAAUGAAAAAUUAUCACAGAACAGUAAAGAAGUAAAUGUAGAGGAUGGAAAAAGAAAUAAUUUGAAAAAUAUGAAUUACGAGAACAUGGUUGAUGAGCACGAUUUCAAUUACGAUAUUAAUAUUUUAAAUAAAAAAAUAACUACAGGAGUGGAAAAAUCUGAAAGAACAAAUUUUAGAACCAGCAAUGUACCCGUGUCUCCCCUAAGCAGAGCAACCGUGUUUGGGAAAGUUCUUUUUGACAUCGCAAAGAAUAGUAGCGUGGAGUAUAUUAAAAGCAGACUGACAAACGGAUUUGCAAACAGAGAUGAUAAAAGUGUAAGAAACAGUGACAACCUCAGAGAUGUAAUCAUAAAUGAAAAGAACGCCGAAAUUUUGGCAAACGGAUUGAGUAAAAUGAGAGGAGUAGUUUUAAAACUUGGACAAAUGAUCAGUUUGCAAGACGAGCAUUUAUCUCCCAUAUUAGUAAAAGCAUUUAAACUUGUAAGUAACUCAGCAGACGUAAUGCCUAAGGGUCAAUUAAUAAGCGUGUUAAAAAAAGAAAUGGGAUCUGAUUAUGAAAAAAAAUUUGACUCAUUUAAUUAUACCCCUUUUGCAAGUGCAUCUAUAGGACAAGUCCAUAAAGCAAUAAUAAAUAAUAAAAAAGUAGCUGUGAAAAUUCAGUAUCCAGGUGUAUAUGAAUCUAUUGAUAGCGACAUAAAGAAUCUGUUAUUUAUUAAUCAGUACACUAAUUUGAUAUUAAAAAAUUUAUACAUUGAAAAUUUGUGUAGAGAAAUAAAAAAGGAGUUAAAAUGUGAAUGUGAUUACAUUAACGAAGCAAAAUAUUAUGCUCUUUUUAAAAACAUAUUUCAACAUAGUAAAUAUUUUUAUGUUCCUACAGUAUAUAGUGAAUACGUAACCAAACAUAUUUUAGUAACUUCGUAUGUUGAAGGUAUAACUUUAGAUGAAGUGGCACAGAGGUGUCCACAAGCCAUUCGUGAUUCGAUAGGCCAACGAAUUCUUUACCUCUGUUUACAUGAAUUAUUUGUCUUUAAAAUUAUGAACACUGAUCCUAAUUUGGGCAAUUUCUUAUAUAAUGUAGAAAACGACAAACUAUGUUUAAUUGAUUUUGGAGCUACCAGAUUUUACAAAAAUGAGUUUGUUGAUAAUUACCUAAGACUUGUAAAAGCAUCUCUAGAAGAAGAUAAAUCUAAAAUAUAUCAUUACUCAUAUGAACUUAACUUUUUAACUGGGAAAGAAAAUGAAGAAAUGAAAAAUUCUCAUAUCAAAUCAGUAAUAUUAGUUGGAGAACCAUUUAAAUCAUCUACAUACAAUUUUACUAAUAAUGACAUAGCAAAACAGAUAUAUAAAUUAUUACCUAAAAUUAUAUAUAAUAGAUUAGUCCCCCCUAGAUCUGAAAUUUAUACUUUGCAUAGAAAAUUAUCUGGGGCAUACUUAAUUUGCAUGAAGCUGAAGGCAAGGGUAAAAGCUGCACAUAUAUUUAAUUCCAUUUAUGAAAACUAUAAAUUCACAUCUAUAGAUACAUAUUGUGGUAGUAAACUAAGAACAUGA